AUGGCCACUCCCACCUGUUUGUCACACAUCACCAUCAACGGCCUGCUGUACCACGGCUUCGACCCGCGCCCGAACCAGCCGCCCGACCCGCCCGACCACGUGGGCUGGUCCAGCGCCGCCACAGACGACGGUUUCGUGCCCCCCUCGAAAUACGCCGACCCAGACAUAAUCUGCUACGUCUCCGGCACAAGCCCGGCCGCGCACGCCCCUGUUCGCCCCGGCGACCGCGUGCAGGUCCACUGGAAUGGCUGGCCCGUCGGGCAUGUCGGGCCUGUGCUUACCUACCUCGCGCGGUGUGAUGACAGUGGUAAGGGGGGUGGGUGUGCCGGGGAGGACAAGACGGCGCUACGGUGGACCAAGGUGGAUGAUUCAAGCCCUGUGGUGGUGCCCCUUGCGCGGGGGGAGGAAGAUGUUGUUGGGAGGGGGCAGGGCAGGCUGACGAGGGAGCGGUGGGCGACGGAUGUGAUGAUUGCGGCGAAUAAUACCUGGCUGGUGCAGGUGCCGAGGGGGUUGCGGACGGGGGCGUAUGUGCUGAGGCAGGAGAUUGUGGCGCUGCAUUUUGCGGAGAGGAAGGGGGGCGCGCAGAAUUAUCCGGUGUGUGUUAACCUCUGGGUGGAGGGGGAAGAUGGGGAGAAUGAGUUUAACAUGGAUGGAUUUGAUGCGAGGGGGUUUUAUAAGGAGGAUGAUCCGGGAGUUUGGGGUAAUGUCUCUGCGGCCAUGACCAAGUAUGUGAUCCCCGGGCCGACGGUGGCGGUUGGGGCGGCCCCGGUGCCGCAUGCUCAGCAGCGGGUGACUUCGGCCAGGGCGGUGGGGACACCGGUGAUUGUCCUCAGCGGGUCUACGACGGCGCCGUUUGGCGGGACUGCUACGCCAAGGGCCAAGGCAAGGGUGGAAGGGAGGCGUUACGCAGGGGACAGAGCGUGA